AUAAAUUAUGAACAUUAAAUAAGCAAAUGUGUGUGAAUAGUAGUAAAUUAUGACAUUUCUUUCUGUGAGCGAAGAAGGCGGAUCGCCUCAGAGAUCGGUUCAGUCACGAGAGGAUCAGACACACGCGGAUCAACUCAAACUCUAACGAAAACCGAUGCUCUUUGUCAGAUGAGAAGUGCAGAAUGAGAAGUCGGUCACUGCUGCUGAUGCUGAUGUUGGUUAUAACCCAGCUGACAGCUGAGGUGUGUCAUUGUGAGGAUGUAGUUAUCACAUCAAGGAUGUCAUUAUCAACCGAGGAGGUGACAGACAUCCCAGCAUCCAUUCAGGAUCUAAAAAUAGCACGUAAACAGAUCCUAUCGGCCCAGUUUGAGUGUUACCUGAAAAUAUUACACGACCCUCCACGCAGUGAACCAGGACCGUAUUGUAACCGCACAUGGGAUGGCUGGUUGUGUUGGGGAGACUCCGCCCCCGGUAUCGCAGUACAGCUCUGUCCCACCUACUUCCUGGACUUUGAUCCAUCUGAGAAAGUGACCAAAGUGUGUAACUCAGAUGGCCAUUGGUUUCGACACCCGGAGAGCAACCGACUGUGGUCCAAUUAUACUCAAUGUUCAGAGUACACAGAGGAGAAACGCAAGUUGGCGUAUGUUGGUUAUUACCUGGCUGUGGUGGGUCAUGUCCUGUCCAUCAUCUCACUCUUGAUCUCGAUGUGUAUCUUCUCCUGUUUCAAAUGUUUGAGCUGUCAGCGCAUCACGCUUCAUAAAAACAUGUUUACUUCGUUUAUCCUCAACUCAGUCGCCACCAUCGGCUGGUUCUACUUGGUCACCGGAGAGCACCAGGAGAAAACUUACUUUUCUCAGAUCGGUUGUAAGAUUUUGGCCAGUAUAACCCAUUACACCUCCUGCUCCAGUUACUUCUGGAUGCUCUGUGAGGGAAUCUAUCUUCACACGCUCAUCAUCGUGGCUGUGUUUGUAGGAGAACAGCAGCUAGGGUGGUACUACGUCCUCGGGUGGGGUUUUCCUGUAAUUCCCGUUGUUGUGCACGCAGUGGCACGCCUGCUCUUUCACGAUGACAAGUGUUGGUUUAUUAACACAAAUCUGCUGUACAUCAUACACGGUCCUAUCCACGUGGCUCUACUGGUCAAUCUCUUCUUCCUUCUCAACAUUGUGAGGGUGUUGAUCACUAAACUGAGGGUCACUCAUCUCACUGAGACCAAUGUCUACAUGAAAGCCGUGAGAGCCACGAUCAUCCUGGUGCCGCUGCUCGGAGCUCAAUUCAUCCUGGUGCCCCUGCAGCCCAGCGGACGAGUUUCGUUGGCCAUCUAUGAUUUAUUCAUGAACAUCUUUGCACAUUUUCAGGGGCUUCUGGUGGCCAUAAUCUUUUGCUUCUGUAAUGGAGAGGUGCAGUCUGCUCUCAGACGAAAGUUUGCUCAGUACGGGUGUCAGUGGAGACGCAGACGUCUGGUGAUGACCGAUUCUCACUGUAACUACCAAACAAACUCCUCCAUCACCGAAAACAGUCGUGUCACCAUCAGUCUGGAUCAUGAGAAGAUGCAGACGCUUAACGGCCAGACCAACGGCAGACGACGCUCAAACGGAGAUCCUGACGGAAGCAUGAAGUCAUCUGAAAUCUGAUCGUCCUCCAGCAGAUACCAGUGUUGUGUUAACUUUUUUGUGAUGUAUCAUUAUUAACACCUAUACCACGGGUCUGUUGAAUGCUGUAUUCUGAUUGGUUGAGAAAUGUUCCACGGGUACGCAUUAUUUUUCGAUAACCGCACACCUAACUUUUCAAUUGUCUUACACCAGAUCAAUGUUUGUGGUAACCGUGGUAUAAGCGGAAUAAUUGACUCCGGUCCUUUGAAUUAUUUGAAAAUAAUGCACAAUUUACCACCUUGGGUGUGCAUUAUUUUCUUAUAAUUCAAUGGCCCGUCUUCAAUUAUUCUUUACGUAUCAGCUGCACAUACACUACAGACUUUCACAUCUGAAAUUAACAUCUGUCUCAAGUGACGUGUGAAUGUUCAUGUGCAUGCAGAAGAAAGUAUCAGAUCAUGUAAAGUUGUGUUUGUACACGCCAGACUGAGUAACAGUGAGAUUUGACAAAAUGCAAAUUUUACUAAAUAGUUUAAAAACUGAAUUAGGGCACUGGGACUGAUGUUGAUAUCAGGUGUAAAUUGUGUUUAUGGAUGUCACAUAGAUUGUGUUUGUUUACACACAUUAGUGUCCAUAUGUAUCACUUUUAUGUAUAAAAGUGUUAUGUUGUAAAUAUGACGUUUUAUAAUUACUUGUAAUUUCAUUGUAUCUGUACAAAAAAUAUAUAUAUUUUUAUGUGUGACAUUAUAAAGGCUAAACCAUAUGAGGUGAGGGUAUUGUAAUAAAACAAAUAAUAAAUAGAUCAAAUAAA